GUAGAUAAGUUCAGGGAAUGGGAAUAUGGGACUAAUUGGUUUAGAGUAAUUGAGGAGGAUCUCCUCCCUUAGAUGCCUUCUGGUGGCCUCAUUUCAAAACCCCUCUUUUCCCCGCCAACUCGCUUCCUUGUCCCAUGGAUAAACAAACCAAACCUUCUCUCUCUCCUCCACCAUUCUACCGCAGCCCUCGCCCACUCCCCUCGCCUCACCAAAGACACCACCUUGUCUCCUCUAAUCGAAUCCAUCACCACACUCGCCUCCCUCCGCCGCCUCCCCGAAGCCUUCGCCGCCUUCUCUCUCCUCCGCCUCCAUUCCCCUUCCUCCCAUCUCCUCUUCCACCCCACCCACCUUCUCCUCGCAUCUGCUGCUGAUCUCCGCUCUAUCCCCUCCGGCGAGCAGCUCCACGCUUUCUCCAUCUCCUUCGGUCUCUUCCACCGCAUCUCCUUCCUCUGCCUCCUCACCUCCUUCUACAUCUCCACUGGUCUCCUCCCUCCUGCCGCUGCCAUCGCCGAGGAAUCCCCCUACGCCCUCCCAUGGAAGCUGCUCAUCUCCGCUUAUGUCAGAGCUGGCUUCUCCGGCGAGGCUCUGGCCGCCUACCACCAAAUGUUUUCUCUCGGCGUUGUGCCGGAUUGCUUCACCUAUCCAUCUCUUCUUAAAGCCUGCGGAGAUGCAGGUGACUUGGAGCUUGGCAGAGAGAUUCACCGGAGCAUUGAGAGCAGCGGAAUCGGUUUCAAUUUAUUCGUGACGAAUGCUUUGGUCGCCAUGUAUUUGAAAUGUGGUGAAUUGGAUGUUGCGAGAAAGCUGUUUGAUGAAAUGCCUGAAAGGGAUGUUGUAUCAUGGAAUUCAAUUAUAUCCGGGUAUGCAUCGAGGGGUCUUUGGAAAGAAGCAUUUGAGUUGUUCGAGCGUGCGAUGGAAGGGUGCUCUGAAGUGAAUUCUGUGACAUGGAAUACCAUUAUUGGUGGCCUGCUGCAGAAGGGGGAUCAUGUCAAAGCAUUGAAAUUUGUCUCUCAAAUGAGACUGAGCAAGUCAGGGGUGGACUUCGUCACCUUUGUUAUUGGAUUAAACGCUUGCUCUCGAAUUGGGAUGCUGAGAUUGGGGAAGGAGAUUCACGGGCUCGCAGUCCGCUUGGUUUAUGAUGAUCUUGAGAGCGUGAGGAAUGCUCUGAUAACAAUGUACUCACGGUGCAGAGACAUCGGAACUGCUCAUCUUCUGCUUCAAAUGAUUAAAAAUCCAAGCUUGAUCACAUGGAACGCCAUGCUUGCUGGCUUUGCGAUUGAGGACAGAGCAGAGGAGGCUUCUCUUUUGUUCCGGAAAAUAUUGCAUUCGGGUCUCCAGCCUAAUUACGUAACCGUUGUCACAAUUCUUGCCCUCUGUGCGCGGGUUGCUAAUCUUCAGCACGGUCGUGAGCUCCACUGUUACAUCGCCAAGCACGAAUUCGGAGGACACCUCCUUCUGUGGAACUCUCUUGUCGACAUGUACUCAAAGUCAGGAAGAAUCUCUGCAGCUCGGAGAGUCUUUGAUGCCAUGGCUGAUCAUGAUGAAGUCUCAUACACCUCACUCAUAGCUGGUUAUGGAAUGCAAGGGGAGGGUUCCACGGCAGUUCAGCUUUUCGAUGAGAUGAUCAGUUGUGGGAUCAAACCGGAUCACGUCAGCAUGGUGGCGGUGCUCACUGCAUGCAGCCACUCUAGACUGGUUUCAAGGGGUGAAACACUGUUUAACAAGAUGGAAAGCACCUUUGGCAUUAAGCCAAAGAUGGAGCAUUUCUCUUGUAUGGUGGAUUUGUAUGCCAGAGCUGGUCUUUUGGAGAAGGCAGAGGAGGUGAUAAACAAAGUUCCCUUUCGACCGACUUCUGCAAUGUGGUCUGCUUUAGUUGGAGCUUGUCAGGUUUACAGAAAUACUGAGAUAGGGGCAAAGGCUGCAAUGAGGCUGUUGGAGAUGAAGACAGAUAAUGCUGGGCAUUAUGUGCUUAUUGCGAACAUGUAUGCUGCGGCAAAUUGGUGGGGGGAGCUGGCGAAGGUUAGGAGGUUGAUGAGGGAUGAGGGGGUGAGGAAGGCUCCAGGAUGUGCUUGGGCUGAUUUGGGGAAUGGGUUCAUGCCUUUUGUGGUGGGAGACAGGUCAAGCCCAGUGUCUCCUGAUAUUUAUGAGGUUUUGGAAGGUUUGGCUGAGCAGAUGAGUGAUGAGGCUUUUGCAAUUAGUGUGGAGUUUGUGGGGUUGUAGCCUCUUUGAAUUGGAUUUUAUCACCUGAUUUAUUAAAUCCAGCCAAACGUUAAAUGCAGGAGUUCUGUGAAUUUCUAAAUUUCGGAUUUAAGGUCCCAAAUUUUAGCUUCAAUUCGACUUAAAUCCGGACUUGCUAAAUCCACGAUAAGGGUGGAUUUAACAGAUUUACUAAAU